AUGACAGACGGGCAGAGUGCCAGUCAGGCAGCACCAGUGGGGAGUACAGCCCCAGUGGCCGGUGCUGAUACACUGUCUCAGUUUGCGACACUUGUUGCUCAUAUGAAGAGCGAGACUCAGAGCAGAGCUUGUACCAUCAGAUCUGAUGAUAUUGAUAGACAUCUCCAGAUGUUUCUGAGGUUGAAACCUCCAAGGUUUGAGGGCGCUGUUGAGCCCAGAGCUGCUGAGGAGUGGUUGAGGAGAUUAGAGAAGACCUUCGACGGCAUGCAGUGUCCGCUAGACAGGAAGGUACCUUUGGUAGUAUUUCUGUUGGAUGGUGAGGCUGAGCAUUGGUGGGUUGGCCAGCAAAAGGCCAGGUUUCAUGGCAGAUUGAACUCUAUGAUUACCUGGGAAGAGUUCACUGAUGUUUUUCGAGAUUGGUUCGUUCCCCCUUCUACACGACAGCACAUGCAGGAGAGUUUUUUGAGGCUUGUUCAGGGGAGCAAGACUGUGAUGCAGUACGAGGCUGAGUUUACUGCCUUAGCCAGGUAUGCUCCACAGUUGGUUAGUACUUCUGCUGAGAGGUGCUACAGAUUUCUGAGGGGAUUACGAGAUACUCUGAGGCAGCCCCUGAUACCGUUCCGUAUCACUGAUUUCUCUGAGCUUGUAGAGCGAGCUCGUCUGAUUGAGAACGACUUGAUGGCUACUCAGCAGCGGUGGAAUGCGAGUAGGAAGAGGUUUGGAGGCAAGGCUUCAGGCAGUGUUUCCUCUGGGAAGAGGAGAUUUGUAGCUGGUUCUGGAUCUGAUGACUCCAGGAGGAGUGGAGUGUUGUCUGGUACUGCUACCAGUACGACGAGUUCUAGAUCUGUCAGUAUGGCACCUGUAUGCUAG